GACUUCUCAGUUAGUAUAGUCGCACUAACAGCGACUUCGCUUCACUCAUCAUGAUUGCACUGCUAAACAUAGGAGCUCUGUUGCUCGUGGUUACUACAUGCCAUGGACAAUAUGAGCAAGAGGUGGACGUUCCUAACAUUAUAAAUUCGGAAUACGGGUCUCUGUGGCCUCUACCACAAAGUGUGCAGAUAUCAUCAGUGCCAUUCAGUCUAAGCAGGAAUAGUUUUCAGAUAGUCCAUUCGCAGAAGUCUUCAGCUGGUCCCAACUGCGACCUUCUGCAAAAUGCGUUUCGCAGGUAUUUUGAAUACAUGUUUGGGUUCACUAAGAAUCAGGGAAGGUACAGGAGUGGAUUGGUAUCGGAGGUGUCUGAACUACAGGUGUUGAUCACAUCGGCUGAUCCAGAAUGUGACGCAUAUCCAAGUGUAACAUCUGAUGAGUCAUAUGAACUCACUGUAGACCAGCCCACUGCUGUACUGACUGCUAACAAGGUGUGGGGAGCCCUCCGAGGACUUGAGACGUUCAGCCAGUUGGUGUAUGAAGAUGACUAUGGAGCUAGGAGCAUUAACAAGACUGUGGUAAAAGACUUUCCCAGGUUUGCUCACAGAGGCAUUCUACUGGACACCGCCCGCCACUUUCUACCCAUCAAAGUCAUUAUGGCAAACCUGGAAGCCAUGGCGAUGAACAAGUACAAUGUCUUCCAUUGGCACAUAGUUGAUGACAACUCCUUCCCCUACCAGAGUCCGUCCUUCCCUGACCUUAGCCAAAAGGGGGCCUUCCACCCAUAUACACACAUUUACACUCCAUCGGAUGUGAAGAGGGUGAUUGAAUUUGCACGGACAAGGGGGAUUCGUGUGGUCUCAGAGUUCGACACUCCAGGGCACACUCAGGCAUGGGGCAAAGGUCAGAUGGGGCUCCUGACUCCAUGCUAUGCUGGGGACUCUCCCUCUGGAACGUUUGGCCCCGUCAACCCCAUCCUGAACACCACAUAUGAAUUCAUGAGUCAGUUCUUCAAGGAGGUUAGCGCUGUUUUCCCCGAUGCCUAUGUUCACUUGGGUGGAGAUGAAGUGGACUUCACCUGCUGGAAAUCAAACCCUGACAUUCAGAAAUUCAUGGAUGCACAAGGCUUUGGAACAGACUAUAGCAAGCUGGAGUCUUACUAUAUCCAGAAGAUCCUGGAUAUUGUUGCUUCAACCAGCAAGGGCUACAUGGUUUGGCAGGAAGUAUUUGACAAUAAAGUGAAGAUAAAUCCCGACACACUGGUUCAGGUGUGGAAAGGAAAUGAGCAGAAGUACCAGCAGGAGAUGGCUGCAGUUACAGCAGCGGGCUUCCAAACCAUACUCUCCAGCCCCUGGUACCUCAACCGCAUCUCCUAUGGGCAAGACUGGAAGCAGAUAUACAUGGCUGACCCCCACAGCUUUAAUGGAACCGUGGAACAAAAGAAAAAGGUAGUUGGUGGAGAGGCCUGCCUGUGGGGGGAAUUUGUGGAUGCCACAAACCUCACACCCAGACUUUGGCCCCGGGCGAGCGCUGUCGCUGAACGGCUGUGGAGUGACCAAUCCGUGACCAACAUUGACGAUGCCUACAGUCGCCUCAUCCAGCACCGCUGCCGCAUGGUCCAACGAGGGCUCCCAGCCGAACCCCUGUACGUGGGGUACUGCGACCACGAGUACAAAGGCCUCUGAUAACCGCUUACUGCUGGAGCCUGGGGAUCCCCAGCACUAAUGUGAAGCAAAAAUCACUUCCGCACUAAUGUUUUAAACCUGUUCAUUGGGUGAUUAGCUGCUUGGAUUAAACAACUUUAUAGAUUCACUUAUAAAAUGCAAAACAUAAAAGGAAAUUUGCUAUCUUGGCUCAUCUUGGCUUGGCUAUUUGCCAUAUACAUUCUCAGCAAACAGAUUUAUUUUGAAUGACCUUUUUAUAAGCAUUUGUAUAAUUAUAUAAAAAAAAUAAACUUGGGGACUUUUUAAAUGCA